AUGUCAGAAAUUGUGAGAACUGAUGAGAGCAGUCCAAACAACAUUUAUGGUGACCCACCAAAGAUCAAUAUUAGUCUUCCAGAGAAAAGUGAACUAACCCAGAAUUUUAAAAGUUGGAAGGAUGUUCAACUCCCAAUUGACAUUCUGUUGUUAACAGUGAAGGACUGUGAGUUCAUAAGCUGCUACUAUUACAUUGUUGAUCCAUUCAGAAGCUAUUUGAAAGGGCUUGGUCAUGUAUACUUUGGAGGCAUUGGUGAAGAUCAGGAUGAUAAACUGAAAGUUGCUUUGAUGAAAUGCUCAGAGGGCUCUAGAGUUCCUGGUGGUGCUUUGGCUGUGGUAGAGAAUGCUGUCAUUCAGCUGAGGCCAAAAGCUGUCUUUUUUGUGGGCCACUGUUGUGGUAUUAAUCAGGAAUCAACAAAGCUGGGGGAUGUGGUUGUAUUAGAAAAGCUCACAACAUAUUCCUAUCAGAAGGUUACAAAGGAUGGAAAGAAAUUUCGUGGGUUCAUAACUCCUGUAAGCAGAGGCAUUGCUGAACUCAUCAAAUGUGCAGGUUAUGGUUGGAAUCCACCCCUAGAAAAUCCUGAAGAAAGGAAUGUUGAAGUCCAUUGUGGUGAGGUUUUGAGUGGUUCUGAGCUCGUACAAGCUGAGUGGCGACGAGAUGAACUGGUGAAGUCAUUUCCUGAAGCAAUUGCAAUUGAAACAGAAGGAGAGGGUAAGAUCUCUUUUUCCUUUGAAGUAACUGUUACUGUAAAUCUGCUCAAAGAGAUAUUUGGGUACAUUUGUUUUCUGGGAGAGAGAGUUGAUACUCAUGUGGUGGGUAAGCUUUUCUACCAGUGUCGAGAGAUGCACUGGCUUGUGUCUGAACAUACUGGACGUCAGAUUAAAAGGUCUGGGUUCAAGCCCUGGGCUAAAGUGAUUGACUGUUAUAGUCUUGGCUGGGAUACUUUACUCUCACAGUGUGUCUCUAUAUCCAGGAGUAUAGAUGGCUACUGAUGAACUGACCAAUAUUUUCAUAUACAUGUGGAGGGAGUAAGAGUACAGUCUAAGUGGCUGAAUGGUAUGGGACCUGGGAGAAGCUCGUGCUACAGGGACUAGCUUUGUACCUAGUAUAUGUAAAGUGACUUUCCAAAACAUAUCACUCGUUCCUUACAAAUCUAUGAUAACAAUAGUAACUAUAGGAGGGGUUAAAAUCAAUAGAUUUUGGAGAAAAUUUGUCGUUUUAUUCAUAAUAGCUUGUUAUUGUAUGUCUCAGGAGUUUUCAGUGCAGCACAUGAACUAAAAAUGGAGUGGGUUGUCAUCAAGGGUAUUUCAGGAUAUGCAGAUGGAACUGAAGCAAAAGAAACCUGGCAAACAUUUGCAAGUGUAACAGCAGCUUCUCUUGUUGUCAGCAUUCUAAAGGAAUGCAGUAUUUUUGAAGAUUGGCCACAUUAUAAAGGUAAACAGAUCAACUUUGGUCUCUUUUAGGCCUGUAUAUUUGCUUACAGUCACUAGCUGUGCUCACAGUCACUUAAUGUGCUGGAACCGAAUUACCAAAACUGAAUUAAAACCAUGAUUAAUGACCUAUGAUCAUGCACUGACCAAUCAGAACAGCUCUUCACUCAGAAUUGUUACAUGUUUGUCAGCAAUUUCACAGGCUCUGCUUUUGUGUGCUGCACUGGGCUAACAAAAUGUGAGAAAUUAAAGAUAAUGUUGACCUGAAGUUGACAUACGGGAGCUCUAAUUUUCUUUCUACAAAGAUGGAUGGUGGGAUGCUUUCAAACUUUUUGGGAAGAAGACUUCCAACCUCACCCCACUAUAUAAUACACCCAGAAACUCCUGCUUUAGCCCAACCCCUCCCCUACCAGCACAACCCUUAUUUUAUAAACCACAGGCAACCCAGGUUCCUCCAAUCGGUCCAAAGAAGGGAUAAUGCUCGAAACAUCAGCUGUAGAAACUCUUUACGGUGGCCAUUUACAUCAUCAACUUAGUUAAUAAAACCAAAUUAUCAUUGCUAACCGAACAACAGUAACUGUUGACUCUUGCAGAUAGGAAAUUACUUGAGCCAUCAUCGUUGUUUACAAAUUCCCAGUAUGUCUAUUGAGACUUAUAGGUGCCAGGCUUUUUCAAACCAAUUAUUGCAUGGUGCCUCUCCUAAGAACUGCGGUUAAAUGCUGAAUUUUUAUGCAGAGGAAGGAAGGAUCACACACAUCUUAAAUUCCUCACGUAGAUUUGCAUUUUUAGAAAUCUUACACCCACAUUCGUUUGAGUUAUGUCCUAACCUUUGCAAGCAAGGUUAGGACGCAGUAUUCGAAUUAUGUUGGUUUGAACUACAUAAAGCCGCAUGUCUGUUUCAAACCUCAUAAGGCUGUCUAACUGCUGUCUGUUUGGUUUUGUGUUCUUGAAGAUAUUUCAACUGACAGACAACAUUCAGCACUGAGGAAAGAAGUUCCGUCAGAGCCAUGCUGCUCUAGUGCCCAGUCUUCCCAACAGCAACAUGUUUCGUCUACCAAAACAGCAGGUAUGUAUUUGAAUGAACAGAUGCAGUGAGAAACUGUUUCUUUUAUUCUUAUUGCUGUGAAACUCACCAUAGAGUUCUCUCUUGCUUAGUAGGAGAGCUUCAGAGCGCAGAAUCCGAGGGUCUGGGGCUCGAUGCUGCAUAUUGACUCAUGACAUCUUCCUUUAGACUUAACUAAUUAGCGUUGCUGUUUGCGGUUUAGCUUUCUCUCUUCUGUUGAUUAGCUAUUUUUCUUGAAACUUUAUGGCAUAUAUUCCAUAGAAAUCUCUUGUGUUCACGGUUUUCUUAGUCUUACAGAAAUACAUUUUUGCGGCUAGAUUUCUUUGACAUGCAAAUAAUUACCUGCCAUUAUUUAAUUAGUAAUGAACCUGAUUAAAUGCCCACCUCGCUGUCUCUCGGUUUAAAUUACUUUCCUUAUGUUUGUAAGGUGGAAAAAGGAAGUCAUCAAGCGGGUUACUGGACCAGGGCAUAAAGCGCUCAAAGCUUGAAGGUAUUAGUCACUGAGGACUUCAGUUUUUAACUUCUUCAGAAUCUGCAUUCUGAUUUAGACUUUCGGACUGGAGGAUUUUAAGUGUUACAUAGUUACAACAGGAUUUGAGAUUUUCCUUAAUAAUAAUUGCACUUGUCACAGAACAAAUCAAUAUAUUUUUAAGAUUUUUGUGUAGCGGAACAAACGAUAGCCUCGAUUACCAGCUGCUGUUGAUGAAACGAGCCCGCGCUUCUCUCCUUCACGGAUCGGAGACUGCACUUGAGAAUUAGGUGCAAAUCGAACCUAGCGACGAAGAUUUAGAGUGGCCUUGCCCAAGCUGCUUAUUGUAUGGAGCUUUUUUUAUAGCCUUUCGCAAAGUAGAGAUAUAAAUGGUAGGUCACCAAAUCCGUUUGACGUGGCGAGGACAUUUUUUCUUCCUGGCAGAAAAAAGAGAACAAGAAAUCUUCUGGUCGCGUAUAUGGGCGUGUAAAUUUCGUGUAAAAUGAUGCACGGUAGGAUGCAUAAUGCAAUGGCACGAAGUGGCCUCGAAACCAAAUUCCUCAGGAGACGUUUCACGAGGAAAGGAAAUAGCCCCAUUGCUACAAUGAAUCUGUUGGCUCGAAAAAUCUGGUCUAAUUUUUUUUCUUUUUACAUUUGUUAUCAAGCAGGGGGUUCUACUAAACAGUUGCCUCGGCCAGAGGUGAAACGCCGUAAGGAAGAGUCGUCUCCGAAGGACGCCUUAACUCCAAAGAAAGGAAAAACUCCUUUUGCAGGUAAAAUGAGGACAUAUCUAUGGGCGUGCCCAGUGACCCCCACCCCCCAACCCGAUCUUUCUUCCCCUUGCCUUGAUAAAAUAAAUAUACGUGGAUUCAGCAAAAUGACAUGAAUAGAUGCAAUACGUACUACUCGCUAUCCUCUCAUCUUGAUGCUUUGCUGUGAUGUCUUUAUUUUUGUUGUCCAGCAAAGAGUUCCUAGUGACGAAGAUUUAGAGUAGCUUUACGCAAGCUGCUUAUUGUAUGGAAAAGAGUUUUUAAGAGCUUUUCGCUCGAUCGCAAAAUAGAGAUAUAAAUGGUAGGUCACCAAAUCCGUUUAAGUGGCGAUGACAAUUUUUCUUACUGGCUGGAAAAAAAAGGAAAAAAAAAGAACAAGAAAUCUUCUGGUCGCGUAUGUGGGCGUGUAUAUUUUUGUGUUAAAUGUUGGAAAGUAGGGUUGCAUAAUGAAGUUGCAUGAAUUGGGCUUGAAACAAAUUCAUUAGGAGACGUUUUAUUAGGAAAGGAAAAAGCUCCAUUGUCACAAUAAAUCUGUCGGCUCAAAUAUUAUGUUCUGGUCUAAUUAUCUUUUUACAUUUGUUACCAUGCAGAUGGUUCUACUAGACAUUUGCCUCCGCCAAAGGUGAAAUGCCGUUAUGAAGAGUCGUCUCCGAGUGGCGCCUUGACUCCAAAGAAAAGAGGUAAAAUGAGAACAUGUCUAUGGGCGUGCCUGUUAACCCCCACCCUCCAACCCCAUCAUCCUUCCCCUGCCUUUGUAAAAUAAAAAUGCGUGGAUCCAGCAAAAUGGCAUGAAUAGAUGCAAUAUGUACUACACGCUAUCCUCUCAUCUUGAUGCUUUGCUGUGAUAUCUUAAUGUUUGUUGUCAAGCAAGGAGUUCCCAGCGACGAAGAUUUAGAGAGACUUUCGCAGAAACUCGAAAAAUGGAAGACAGUCGGGCGUCAUCUCGAAAUUGUGGAAGCAAGAUUAACGGCGUUUAACAAUGAAAAUAUAGAAUGGUCUGAAAAAAUCUUCAAAAGAUUAUUACAUUAGCAAGAGAGGGAGGGCUCAGCUGCAACAUACUCAUAAGACACUUAGAAUCUCCCGCCUUACCCCUCCCCUCCUUUUAGCCCAAGCCCCAUUUUAUAAACCACACAUAACCCAAUCGGUCCAACGAGGGGCUAAUGUUCGAAUUUAAGCUUUAGAAACUCAUAGUUACUACAAUAUUUGAGGUUUUUCCUAAUGUUUGUCUUAAUAAUUUCACUUGUCACAGAACAAAUCAUGUUCGUGAAAUGAGCCCACGCUUCUCUCCUUCACGGGAGGAUUGAAGACUGUACUCGUGAAUUAGGGCGAAUCAAACCCCCAACCUCCGCCUUCCCCAAAAAAAAAAAAAAAAAAAAAAAAAAAAAAAAACACCGUAGUGAUCAGAUAGUGAAAAUGUGAAUAUUUACCUUCGGAAUUAAAGAGUGACGUCGUCAAAGUUACAACAGAUGGAAAGAAUUAUUCUCCUUAUUGUUCAAAAACCCUUCUCGAGUGAUUUUCUUUUGGAUGUGGGAGAAAGAGAAUUUUUACCAAGCUACUUGUUUUUUGUCUACAGACUCGUCUGUAACAGAAUUUUGGGAAUGGUGCCGGAAUCAGUUGAGGGCGUUUUACAACACCAUGUGUCAAGUGAAAAUAACACCAUGGGACCCAGACAACACGGUACACAUUAAUAGCAUUUACAUACAAGUAACGUUUUUACAAGACCACAGGAAACCUGACGGGACAACGAAAAAAAAGCUGGGAGACAGCAGUGAAGUAUUUGAAGGUGACGAAGAUCAUCCCAUCCGUAGACGAAUUCUGGUGUAUGGAAGACCUGGAAUAGGAAAGUCUACUUUCACUCAAAAAGUAGCUGUGGAUUGGGCAAAUGGCAGAACGAAGAUCCUCGAAAAGUUCAAUCUUUUACUGUCAAUCAGGUUACGAGACGUUUGUGGUAUUUCGGACCUCUGUACCAUGUUAAAAACAGCGGAACUGUUGUCUGCUGAUAACCCGAUGGCAGUCAAUAACUUGUGUGAAUAUGUCCGUCAGAACCAGGAGAAAGUGCUGCUCAUUUUGGAUGGAUAUGAUGAGUACAGCGGUGGAAAAUCAUCCCUAAUUCACCAGAUUUGGAGAGGCAGUCAACUGAGAGACUGUUGUGUAAUGAUCACAACGCGGCCAGUGAAAGAGGAUGAGCUAAGAGUGCCAAGUCACGCUCAGUUUGAACUUAACGGGUUCGAUAGCUUGGAACAGAAGGAACAGUUUGCAAGAAAGAUUCUUCCUGAUGAGGAAGAUGUUGAAGGGCUACUUGAAUACCUGAAGGAGCAUGACCUCGAGGAGAUGGCAGAGAUUCCACUAUUAUUGUUGAUGUUGUGUCUUCUGUGGAAGAAGAAAAAACCUCAAUUACCAACAUCUCGUGCGGAAAUUUACGUAGAAUUUAUUCAGACUCUCUUGGAUCAUAUGGCUAUUAAAGACUCAGACAACGUCGCAACAGAUGAAAGCAUAGAUGAAUAUCAAGAGGAACUUUCCAAAAUAGGAAAACUUGCAUUCGAUGCUCUUUUGGAGGACUGCCUUCAUUUUAACUUCAGUAAAUUUCCGCCUGGUGAUCUCUUCGAGAAGCUUAUUCAUGUCGGUUUUUUCCAAGUUUCCAAACUUUCUGCUUUGAACCGUGAGAAGAUCGUGUCUUUUCUUCACAAGUCCGUUCAGGAGUUUCUUGCCGCUUGGUUCAUCGUUCAAGAAGCGAAGGUUAAGAAGAAUGAAACCGUCACCUGCUUGUCAGGAAUAGAUACGUUUAAAAAAUCAAGGAAGAUGGAUGAAGUUCUAAAAUUCGUUUGUGAGUUGUCAUCAGAAGCUGCUGGCAUUGUUUUUGAUCAUCUACGUUAUGUCGGAGAGAAAGAAGGUCUCACAAAUUACAAUUUUACUAGGACGCCUUCUGUUGAAGAUUUGUCUCAUGCACAAAAGGAGUUUAUUCUAUUGUGUGUCGAUUAUUUGUUUCGUUGUCCAGCCUCAGACAGACUAGCUGUGUAUUCUGCAUUUCUCUCAUGUGUUAACCAUGUUGUAAUACUUGAUAAGGAACACUCGUCUACUGCUGCCAAAACGCACUUCUUCAAAGACACCACCAGUUUUCCGAACUAUUUAUUUUACUAUGGAACAAGAAUUCUUACAAGAAUUCGAACACUUCUACCGGGGUGGACUGAAGAUGAUAAUUUCCCUUCCAUAUCGUUUGACUUGAACGCGGUCCUUUUAACGUGCUCUGGAGAAAUUAAAGAUGUUAAAAAAUACGCCGAUUUACGCGAGGCGGACUUUUUCCUCAAAAAAAGCGAAAUGAGAAACUUUAUUUAUUUUCGUGACAUAACAAAUACUGUUCUUCGUUCUAAACUUUUUCAUGAACUGAUAUCAGCGCCGGUUUGUUCUUCUCAGCUACCUGUGGAUAAUUUGCGAAAUAAUGAAGACGACAACAUUGCACUGUCUUUGACUGAGGACAGAUCUGACCAGACACAACAACAUUGUUUGUCACUGGCGAGAGAGGUUUGGUUAAGUGUAACAGUUGAGGAUUUUGUUCUGUUGAAGAACUUGUUUCCCUUAUUAACAGCUCCUCGAGAUAUUGAUAUAAGGGGAAGCGUGACAGAUGGCUUGGAAGUUAAUUCGAUUGAGAGCGUGAUUCACAGAAUUAAUUUUACUGACAAUCUCCACAGUUUAGAACUUCGUGGUAUCAAUCUAACAGAAAAGUGUGCUGCUUUUAUUGCUGAGUCACUGCACCACUCUCCAAGCUUGCAUGAGCUCUGCUUGUCAUGGAACCCCUUACACAGCGGUGUGAGUCAUUUGGCUGAGAAUCUUCAUCACGUGCCACAGUUGACUAAGUUAGAGUUAACUUAUGUACAAAUGGGAGAAAAGGAAUGUGCUGCACUGGCUGCCUCAUUACAGUACUUAAACAAGUUAGAAGAACUGGAUAUGUCAAAAAAUGCACUGGGUCACGGGAUCAUUGAACUGGCCAAGAACCUGAACAGUGUAUCCAAUCUGACUCAGCUGAACCUGUCGUCUACAAAUAUGGGUGAAGAUGAAGCAUCAGCACUGGAUCGUGCACUUAAGGAUGUACCAGAGCUGAGAAAUCUUGAUCUAGGGGGGAAUCCACUUGGCAGAGGAGUCAGGGACCUGGUCCAGCAUCUCAGUAGUGUUCCUGAGCUGAGUUUCCUGUCCCUGUCUAGUUUUCAGAUGACAAAGACAGAGAUUGAAGAGUUGUGUACAGCAGUAAAAGGGAGAGGCAUCACUUUGUUCACUGAUUACCAUGUAAGAGUCUUU